GACAUUAACAAGGCAGUCCAGGCAGCGAAAGAUGCAUUCAAACUUGGCUCCCCCUGGCGGCGCAUGGACGCAUCAAACAGAGGAGUGCUGUUAAACCGACUAGCGGACUUAGUGGAGAGAGAUAGAGUCUACUUGGCGAGCUUGGAAACCCUGGAUAACGGCAAGCCAUACACUGCGUCUUAUGCUCUUGAUCUGGCGUUAACAGCCAAGGUUUACAGACUCAUUACUCCGUUACAACUCGAGUUCAUGCAGCGACUCAACUGCAAGACCGCUAAGGAACAGUCAUUAGCGCUUCAAGGAGACUUCCUUUGUUUCACCCGCCACGAGCCCGUCGGAGUCUGUGGACAGAUCAUUCCGUGGAACUUCCCGCUGCUCAUGCAGUCCUGGAAGCUGGGGCCCGCCCUCGCUGCGGGAAACACCAUCGUCAUGAAGCCUGCCGAGCAGACCCCCCUCACCGCUCUACACGUGGCGCAACUCACGGCAGAGGCUGGUUUCCCUCCAGGCGUCAUUAACGUCGUUCCUGGUGACGGUCCGACAGCUGGCGCCGCCCUGGCGGCACACAUGGACGUAGAUAAGGUUGCAUUUACUGGCUCGACUGAGGUGGGGUCGAUAAUUCAGAAGGCUUCAGGCGAAUCGAACCUAAAACGUGUGACGUUGGAAUUGGGCGGGAAAAGUCCGAAUGUUGUGUUCGCCGACGCAGACAUGGCGCAGGCAGUAGAGAUGAGUCACCUCGGUCUAUUCUUCAACCAGGGUCAGUGCUGCUGUGCUGGCACACGUAUCUUCGUAGAGGGCAAGGCGUACGAUGAGUUUGUAGAGAGGAGCGUGCAGCGAGCAAAGCUGAGCAAGCUAGGCGACCCAUUCAACAUGGAGACAGACCAGGGACCACAGAUCGACGAAGUUCAGUUUGACAAGAUCAUGGAGCUGAUUGAGUCAGGACGGACAGAGGGCGCCACCAUGCUCACGGGAGGCAGCCGACACGGCGACCGAGGUUUCUUCAUCCAGCCGACGGUGUUUGCCGACGUGAAUGAUGACAUGAGAAUUGCAAAGGAAGAGAUUUUCGGACCAGUUAUGCAGAUCAUGAGAUUCGACGGUAUGGAUGAAUUAUACGAACGAGCGAAUAAGACACAGUAUGGAUUGGCCGCAUCUGUCUUUACGAAGGAUUUAGAUAAGGCGUUAAUGGUGGCACAGGGCAUAAGAGCAGGCACCGUUUGGGUAAACUGCUAUGACAAGUUUGAUGCCGCGGCUCCGUUUGGCGGAUAUAAGAUGUCUGGAUUCGGACGAGAGCUGGGAGAGUACGGUCUCCAUCUCUACACGGAAGUAAAGACGGUGACCAUAAAAGUACCUCAGAAGAACUCGUAAGACUUCCGCGCUAUGGAAUGCAUUAUUGAAGUGCAAUGACAAAGUUAUAGCGACUGGCCGAGACGUCACUACAACAUGUACUGUUAAAAACAACAACAACAGUAAUAAUAAUAAUAAUAAUAACAACAACAACAACAGCAAUAAAACAAUAAGUUUCACAUGUUCAUAUAUAUAUAUAACACGUUUCAACGCGAGUAUGUAAUAUGUGUGACUAUAUUGGAUAGAUGUAGGUAGACUAGUAUGGUAGACUAGUUUGAUGCGGAUACUCGACCUAUCAUAUUUCAAUAAAAGAGCAUGGACGGAUU